CUAGUUAAAUAGAGGUUAAAAAGAAUAAUCCCACUUUGUAACACAACAAAAUGUGAAAGUCCAGGGGUGUGAAUACAUUCUAAAAGGCACUGACUUUCACAGAGAAAAGCUGACCAAUACAACUAUGCAAUGCAAGAUGGCCAGUUUUGUAAUAUUAUAUAUAUUUCAUAUAUAAAACUGUGAACAUUUGUGAAAUAGAAUUCAUCGGGAAGGAAUAUGCCGAAUAUGUCCCAAAUUGCACCUUAUUCCCUAUAUAGUUACUACUUUUGACCAGGGCCCAUAGCUCUGGUAGUGCACAGGGAAUAGGGAGCUAUAAUAUAUAUUUCAACCCUUCCUGAUCUAUUUUACUGAUGCUAUUCCUUUCUUUCACUCCUCUGGACUGGAUCCCUGUACCUCGUCCUGUCUGGGAUGUCUCCUGUGUUUCCAUGCUGAUGUUUGUGUGUACCAUGACAACAGAGGCUAGCGCGGUGGGCGAGGCGGACACAGAGGGCAAGCCGAAGCCCAGUGUAGCAGAGGCAGAGAGAAGACCGGAGAACAAGCAGAGCUCGGAGGCAGAGAUACAACUGGAGAACAAGCAGAGCCCAGAGCCAGAAACAGAGAGAGAACCGGAGAACAAGCCGAGCCCAGAGCCAGAAACAGAGAGAGAACCGGAGAACAAGCCGAGCCCAGAGGCAGCAGCACCGGAGCCAGAGAGGGAGAAGCCCAGCCAGAAGACCCAGGAGCAGGACUCAGAGCCUGGCUCCACAGAGAGCCCCAUCUUCACCACCACCACUGAGGAGGAGCAGCUAGUGAAGCCCCGCCAGCGCACCUCAGCCAGCCGCGGCCUCUCACGCCUCUUCUCCUCCUUCCUCAAGCGGCGCUCGCAGUGCUCAGACGUAGAGUGGGCUGAGGUCGAGAAGGCGGAGAAGGACAGGAAAGAGAAGGCAGAGGCUGGAACAAAGGAGGAAAAGUUAGAGCAGGCCAAGGGGGAGGAGAAGAAAGAGGCAGAGGAAAGGGGGGAGAAGAAAGAGGAGGAAGAAGCAGCAAAGAAAGCAGAGAAGAAGAAAGAGGAGGAAGAAGCAGCAAAGAAAGCAGAGAAGAAAGAGGAAGAAGCAGCAAAGAAAGCAGAGAAGAAGAAAGAGGAGGAAGAAGAAGCAGCAAAGAAAGCAGAGAAGAAGAAAGAGGAGGAAGAAGCAGCAAAGAAAGCAAAGAAGAAAGAGGAAGAAGCAGCAAAGAAAGCAGAGAAGAAGAAAGAGGAGGAAGAAGCAGCAAAGAAAGCAGAGAAGAAGAAGAAGAAAGAAGGGGAAGAAGCAGCAAAGAAAGAGGCAGGGAAGAAGAAAGAGAAAGAAAAUAAAGAGGAGGAGAAGGGGAAGAAGAACGAGGCGAAUAAAGAGGUAAAGAAGAACGAGGAGAAUAAAGAGUUAAAGAAGAAAAAACGGAAGGGCAAAAAGAAAGCAGGGGAGGAGCACAAAGCAGGGGAGCAGUCCACAACAGAGGUGCAGGUGAAAGCCCCCAUCGCGGCCCCGGAGCCAGAGCUCAGAGCAGAGGCGGAGGGGGAGGCUGAACAGGAGAGGCAGGAGGAGCCGGUAGAGGACCAGGACCAUCACUCCAUCAGCAGUGCAGAGACACAGGUGAGUGAGGGAGACAGACACAGUGAACUUCUCACCUAG